AUGCCCAUCGAGUGUCAGAGCUUCUUCAAUGCCAAGACUUUCUUUUGGGGAUUGCCAGGGGCGUGCAUUGCUGGGGGUCGGGGGAUACAGUGCCAGGGUUGUGCAUUGCUGGACAGGGUGUGUUUUAACUCCGCUUCUCUCUGGUUCUUGCAGUUUGUGCACCUGGCCCAGGUGAGCUUCCUCAUUCAUGCCUUUGGCUCGGCCUUCACCUUGGACCUGGAGCUGAACCACCACCUGCUCUCCUCGCGCUACGUGGAGCGGCACUUUGGCCAGGAUGGGAACAGCGGCCACAGCCCGGGAGCGGGGGAGCACUGUUACUAUCAGGGCAAACUCCGAGGGGAGGCGAGGUCCUUGGCAGCUCUGUCCAGCUGCCGUGGUCUGCACGGUGUCUUCUCGGACGGGAGGGAUAUGUACCUGAUUGAGCCCCGCAGAGCAGCCGAGCGUUGGCAGGGGCCCCUGCCUCACCUGAUCCAGCGCAUGCCUGCUCCCCGCCCCGCCCCGGGGUGCACAGAGCCAGGCUGCCUGUUUGCUGCCCUGCGUCACCACGGCCCAGACCCCCUGCCCAGACUGCGGAGGAGGCGGCAGAUAUACAAGGAGCAGCUGAACACGCGCAUCGUGCUGGUGGCCAUGGAAACGUGGGCCUCCGAAGACAAGAUCCACGUGGGGGAGGAUUCGCUGCAGACGCUGAGUGACUUCAUGAGAUACCGGACGGAGGCGCUGCCGGAGCAGAGCGAUGCUGUUCACCUCUUCUCCGGGAGGACGUUCCAGAGCAGCCGCAGCGGGACGGCCUACGUGGGAGGGAUCUGCUCCCUCACCCGGGGUGGGGGUGUCAAUGAGUACGGGAACGUCGGCGCCAUGGCUGUGACUCUCGCUCAGACCCUCGGGCAGAACGUCGGCAUGAUGUGGAACAAGCAGCGGCGUGCCGCAGGGGACUGCCGGUGUCCAGAUUCCUGGCUGGGCUGCAUCAUGGAAGACACGGGGUAUUAUCUCCCGCGCAAGUUCUCCCGUUGCAGCAUCGAGGAGUACAGUCAGUUCCUGCAGGAGGGUGGGGGCAGCUGCCUCUUUAACAAACCCUUCAAGCUGCUGGACCCCCCUGAGUGCGGCAAUGGCUUUGUGCAGGCCGGAGAGGAAUGUGACUGCGGCUCGCUUGCGGAGUGUGCAAAGGGCGGCGGGAACUGCUGCAAGAAAUGCACCCUGACCCACAAUGCCAUGUGCAGCGACGGGCUCUGCUGCAAAGGCUGCCAGUACGAGCCGCGGGGCACACCGUGUCGGGAAGCUGUCAAUGAGUGCGACAUCCCGGAGAGCUGCACUGGGGACUCCAGCCAGUGCCCACCCAACCUGCACAAGCUGGACGGCUACUUCUGCGACCACGAGCAGGGCCGGUGCUAUGGGGGCAGGUGCAAAACCAGGGACAGACAGUGCAAUGCACUCUGGGGGCGUGCGGCUGCCGACAGGUUCUGCUACGAGAAGCUGAAUGUGGAAGGGACCGAGAGAGGGAACUGUGGGCGCGAGGGCCCAGCCUGGGUGCAGUGCAGCAAGCAAGACGUCCUGUGCGGCUACCUGCUGUGCACCAACAUCACGGGCGUGCCGCGGCUGGGCGAGCUCAGCGGGGAGAUCACCACGAUGACCUUCUACCACCAGAACAGAUACGUCGACUGCAGAGGUGGGCACGUCCAGCUGGUGGACGGCUCGGAUCUGAGCUACGUGGAGGACGGCACGCCCUGCGGCCCCAGCAUGCUGUGUCUUGACCACAAAUGCCUUCCCGCGGCAGCCUUCAAUUUCAGCGCCUGCCCUAGCAGCUGGGACGGGAUGAUCUGCUUUGACCAUGGGGUCUGCAGCAACGAGGGCAAGUGCAUCUGCCAGGCGGACUGGACGGGGAAGGACUGCAGCGUCUACGACCCCAUCCCGGAGCCCAGGCCCACCGGCGAAACCGAGAGAUACAAGGGUCCCAGCGGCACCAACAUCAUUAUCGGCUCCAUUGCAGGCGCCGUGCUGGUGGCGGCCAUUGUCCUGGGGGGAACUGGCUGGGGAUUUAAGAACAUCCGGAGAGGAAGGUAUGACCCGGCUCAGCCGGGGCUGGGCUAGCCCCCAUCACUCAUCUGUCACCCAUCACCAUCCCAUCCCCUCCCCUCGCUCGGCCCCGGUUGUUGGGACGCUACCGUCGCCUCCUGCUGGUUGCUGCGCCUGCCUGCCUGGAGCCUGCUGCACAGGCCAUGACCAUCGCUGCUCCUCCUCCAUGGGGCUGUGUCCCCCUCCCUGGGCGGAGGCCUGGGGGCUCUCUCGGGCCGGCGAGAGGGUGAUGGCAGGAGAGCCCUUCCACUGCCAGUGUGUCCUGGGGGCUCGGGCUGGGCUGGGCCGGAGCGGCAGGGAGUGCAGGGGCAGGCAGCAGAGGUUGGGCCAUCCAGCCUGGCCCCUUGCUGCCAGCAGCACCUGACCUGCUGGGGGCACUCUGCCCAGGGGCCAGGCCCGGCUGGACCCCGCACUAGCAGCGGCUCCAGUGGUCAGCUGGUUGGCAGCUGAUGCUCUCCCUCUGUCGGCUCCCAACGCUGCGCCCCAUUCACACGGCGAGGUGCCCACGCCAGCCCUGCCCAGCGUUUGCAGGGAGCAGAACAGCCUGCUCCUUGGGCACCCCAGGGCAGGGACUGGGUGGGUGGGUGUGGGAUCGUGCCCCUGAUGUGAACCUCCCGCCACCUGUCACUGUCUGUGUGUCCAUCUCGUCGCCCCCUGGGGCCGUGCCCGUCUUUGCGCCUGCGUCACUCACCGUCCCUGGGGAGCUUGCUGCUGAGGGGCAGCCCGCCUACCGCAGGGCACUGCCCCCCCCCAUGGGGCGGAGGUGGGGAAGCAGGGCACUGCCCCCCCCCGUGGGGCGGAGGUGGGGAAGCAGGGUCACUAGCCUAGAGGCCUGAGCUAUCCCGGGCUAGGUGUCCCCGAUGGCUGCUGUUCCUCAGGGUAGCGGGCAUUAGGGCACCCCGGGCAUGUGUGGAUGGCCCAGGGCAGGGCCAGGCCAGUGCCUCAACGCGUGUGCGCUCCAGUUGGGCUUGGGCCUGGCCAUGGCCCACGGAGGCUCUGACGCGAGGUGGCCAGUUCAAAUCCCACCCUGGCCCGUUCGCAGCAGGUUCCUGUUCUGGGCCCACGCCAGAGGCAGAGCUUGGGGCCCAUCAGGCGCUCGGGGGGCCGGGCAGUGGAGACAGCGUGCAGGUUGCGGGGGGGCUGGCCGGCAGAGGCCAUUGAGCCAGCACCCCCACCAGCCGGCUCUUUGCACCCGGAGUGGCAGAGCCUGGGCCUGCAGCAGUGGGGCCAAGAGUGUCCCAGCCAGUGGGGGGGCAAGAGCACAGCGCCUGCCCAGCCCCCCAGUGCCGCCCCGUCCCCCCAGCUGGCGCAUUGCUCCGGCAGGUGGGCCCCAGACAUGCUCCCCCUGUAGUGCUCAGACAAGUCUUGGGGUUCCCAGGUGAGGCCCAAGCACCCCAGGCCUGGGUAGGCAUCCGGGCCCUGUGCGACUCCCUUGGUUUGGGACUAACCAGCCCCUGAUGCUGUGUCUGCUCUGGCUGUUGGACCGCGCUGGGGUCACCCGCAUCUCCCGCACGCCGGUGCCAGCGCUAACAUGCCCCUCGCUUCUGUGUUGCAGGUCGGGAGGGGCCUAGCCCGGCCACCCCCUUCUGGUGGCUCUCUGCUGCCCUUCCACAGGGGAGGGGAGAAAUCUCCUAAAAACCAAAUCAGCCCCAAAUAAUGAUGUGACGAGAGGGUGAACAAUCAGUGACGUCUUCCGCUGCUGCCUGGCACCUGGCGUGGCCCUGGCUGCACCGGGCGAGGCCGGGAGGGGGCCACGCAGCCUUGCACUGGAGGGACCCAGAUGGCACAGACUCUGCGUGGACCCCGUAGCCUUGUGCCCAGCUGGCCAAGUGCUCUCUGUCUCCUUGACAGGCCGGCUGCCGCCCGUCCCUGCCUGAAUGUAGCUUCCACCCCCACCGCACUGUACUAUCACCAAUGAAUGUACCCGCUCGCCGCCCCACAGACCACGGCACGCCACCCACCUGCUGCCCGCGGGCAGACACGCUCACUUUCCUGUUGCGCGGAGUCUGGGUGGCACAGCUAACAGCGGGCAAAGGAGCGCAGGGGACAGGCGAGGAGCCGGCUGGAAUGGAGUCAGAGCCACCCCGUGAUCUAGGGGCUGCCUGGGCUCCCAUCCUUCACGUGGCCUGGCCUCAGUGCGUCUCCACCAUGACCCAUUGCCCGCCCCAGCUGCUGGGGGCUUGGUGCCCGGCCGUGCCGAUGGGGCUGGGAUUCUGCCAGGGAUAUUUUUUAAUGCAAAGCAACACAAUGAAUGUAGCCGGGGGGCAGCAUGGAGCUGGGUGUUUGCUGGGGGCGGCAGGGAGAGGGUUUGGACAUUGGUCUCACGGCGCCCGCUCACCCCACCCAACGGCUGCAAACCAGUGGGGAGGUGAAGAUACACCUGUGCCUGGCCUCCAGCUCAAACCUGCCCAGCCCCAUCAACUCAGGGGUCUGCUCCCAUGGGCGCCCAGCGCCUCCCCUUCCCCCCAGGAACAGGGACCAAGCCCACAGGCAAACCAAACCCAAACUGCCAUGGAGAGCCCAGGUGGGGUGGGCACGGUGUGAAUGGCCCAGCAUCUGCGCCGGUAAGCGCCAAAGCUGCUCUCGCACCAACACACGCUGGGCCAAUCCCAGCGAUCCCCUCCCCCACCUCGUCUCUCUAACUCCUGGGCCCAACCCGGCUACACCACUGCCGACAAACUGCCACCGGCCACAACCAGCCCUGGGCUGACAGCCCAUGCUCUGCACCGCUGGGUUCCUCUGGCCCGUCCACCACUACAUCCCACCCUCUCUCAGGCUCCUGUGCCCAACUGCGAGUCAGGACUCCUGGGUUCUCAGCCAGUGACUCACUGUGCAGCCUCAGGCAAAUCGCUUCCCCUUCCCGUGCCUCAGUUUCCCCAUCGGACGCAUAGGUGUGGUGCUGCUGUGCUGGCUUUGCCUGUCACUGCCCAGGGCCCUCUCUCCAUUACAGUCAUUCCUCUGAGCCCAAGCGCCCACCGCUUCAGCCCCUGCUCCUGGGCGGGGAGCAGUGAGGCUGGAGGCCCAGCCAGGCUCCCCAUCCCACGCCCUGCAGGCACAGCUCUUUCCAAGCCAGGGAUGGCCUGUGCGGGCGGGGCCCUGGCAUUGCAGGCUGUGAGGUUAGCAGUGAAGCAGGCCGGGGGGGGACAUCAGCCAGGGAUGAGCUUCUGCUGCUAGGGCCGGGAACCUGCCUCCUCCCUGCUCCCUCUGGGAGAAAAUGCCAGACAGUGAAUUGCCUCCUGAGCAGGUCCAUGGGCAGCCAACACCUCCGCAGGGCCCCUAGGGCCUCAGACCCCUUGGAGCCAGUGUUCCCCCAGCCCAGCCAGGCCCUUCGCAGCCGCUGCUCUGGCCACAGGAGAACCCCACGGGAGCAGCCCUGCAAAGUUCCUCGCCCUCACUGGCCCCUGGAACGGGGCUUGCUUGGCUUGGCAAGUGGAGUCUGGUGGGGUUUCCAGCCCCAGCCCCAACCCCAGCGUGCGGCUGGUGGCUUUGGGUACAAUAACCAGAUAAUAGCCGAGGAGGGCUGUGACCCCAUGCAGCAGGGCUGAGCGGAGUGCGCUCCAUUCCCCAGAGCCCUGGCCAGCCCCACCAGCCCAAACCGCCCCCUGCACACGCUCCACAGCCUGUGCUGGCCUCACCUGCGUAAGGGCUCGAGCUGCCUUUGCUGGCCCCCAAAGGCCGAGCUCUGCCGCAGAAGGGGCCUUCGCCUGGGCGGGUGAGCGAGGGGCUCACACAGUGACAGCUGGGGCUGCGGCAGGGGGCAGAUGCUGCCAACCACUGAUGGCCCUUUGGCCUGGGGCAGCCUGGCCCUAGUAAAAGCCAGGCCUCCUCCCAGCUGGACAGGGGGUUGCUCGUGAGUUGGUUCUAGCUGGCAGGGCACCCUGCUCUCCGCGGCGGGCAUUGCAUUUCCCAUGAGCUUGGCCUGGGGAGGUUUUACUUACAGCAUUAAAAAAAAAAUCACUUUG